CAGCGCUGAGCAGGGAUGGUUUCGCUGAGAGGAGCAGUGACUUCCUUCGUUUAGGAUUAUUACACCAGCCUCACCCGGUUUACGAUGACUUUCGGCCCUUUUUGUGAGUCUGUUCUGGCGCAGGAGGCAGCUAAAACAACGUGACAGUCCUUCAAAGAAAAACUUCUGAAAACAGUUAGCCUAGGGGAGUCCAGAGGCUGCUUUACUGCUUACAAAUCUGCUGUUGGCGGUUCUUUAGUCUGUGACCAGACUGACCAGAAAUACAGGAGAUACUUACCAGCACCGGCAUUCUGGCUCGGCUUUUGUAAGUUUUCCAGCCCCAUUUGCAGAGAUGCAGACGUUUGGGAGAGGAAAAAGAGUGGGAUACUGGCUCAGCGAGAAGAAAAUCAAAAAGCUGAAUUUCCUCACCUUCGUGGACAUGUGCAGGAAGAGGGGCAUUGAGAUGGUGCAGCUGGACCUCAGCCAACCGCUGGAACAGCAGGGCCCCCUGGACGCUAUCAUCCACAAGCUGACUGACCACAUUGUGGAAGCAGACCAGAAUGUCACAGAGGCCUUAAGGCUUGUGCAGAGUGUGCAGGAAUACAUUGAUGCCCAUCCAGAGACUGUGAUUUUAGACCCACUUCCUGCCAUUCGUACACUGCUUGACCGUUUCAAGUCUUACAAGCUAAUCCACAAAUUAGAGGAGAGCAUGAAGGAUGACCGGAUUUGCUCUCCUUCAUUCAUGGGGCUCAGCAGUGAGUGUGGCCUGGACAUGCUGGAGCAGCUUCAUAAGAAUGGCAUAACAUUCCCCUUCAUCUGUAAAACUCAGGUAGCACAUGGCACUAACUCUCAUGAGAUGGCCAUCAUCUUCAGUGAGGAGGACCUGAAGGACAUCAGGCCUCCGUGUGUCCUCCAGAGUUUUAUCAACCACAAUGCUGUGCUUUACAAGGUCUUUGUAGUGGGAGAGGCCUACAGUGUGGUAGAGCGGCCCUCCAUUAGGAACUUCCCCUCUGGACCCACAGACCAAAGAGCCAUAUCCUUCAAUAGCCAUCAUGUGUCCAAGCCUGAGUCUUCAUCAGACUUGACCUCUCGAGACAACUUGGAGGGACAGUGCAGGACACCAAAUGAUGACGUCAUUCAGAUGAUUUCCAGGUGUUUGAGACAGACGCUUGGUGUAUCUCUGUUUGGGAUCGAUGUCAUCAUCAACAACCAAACAGGCCAGCAUGCUGUAAUUGACAUAAAUGCUUUUCCAGGUUACGAGGGAGUUCCAGAAUUCUUCGAUAACCUGCUGACUCACCUCACCAGUGUCCUGCAAGGCCCUGUACCUGCCGGACCCCUGAGAGCGAAUGGAGUAUCCCAGAGCUUGUCUCCGGUCUGUGGAGUGCCCCGCAGCAUACUGGCAAAUGAGGGAGGCGGCUGGGUGAUAGACAGCGAAGGAAUAAAGAAAGGCUCCCUCCAGGGCUUGAGCUGCUGCAAUGCUGACCUAACCAAGAACUACCAGCAACACUGCAGGGCCACGCUAGCAACUGAGGCUUCUUCACAGUGACCCUAUGCUCCGCUCCAGUGAAUUAGCCUAUUCAAUCGCUCCUAACAAAUCAAUCACACCCUUCUCCAAGCUGAGCAGGUCUUGUGGCAAUAUAUGAUCAGUAAUGCAUAGAUUAUGACCAAAGAUGUACUGAUUUUUUCAUUGUUGUUGUUCUAAGUUUGAAAAGUUGCAAUCAGCAUCUUAUGUAUCAAUGUGAUUUGGUUUGGUCUGUUUUAAUGCAUUUUGCACUGGACGAUCUAUAUGAUAGUGCCUUAUGGAUGAGUGGUAAAACAUUUCUACACUGGUGAUUAUAAGGAAAAUAAGGGGAUGUGUAAUGUACUGCUAAGUACAAAACUACAUGAUCCUGCUGGUGGCAAGUGAAGUAUGAUGGCACAAGGAGUACUCAGACUUCUGCUCUUUUUUCUUUCCUGGCAAAAUGAAAAGAAAAUUUUGAGGCUGUUUAUUGCCUACAACUCCCAGCAUUCCUGCACCUGCACAGCAAUAAAUAGCCAUGCAAAGUGAGACACAGCACAGAAUGUGUAGGCAAUGGAGUAUAUUCUGAUGUAGAACAUAUGCUCUAUACUGUGCAUAAGGACUUACACAUUGGGAAAUAGCAAUAGGCGGGUGCUUGAUAUGAGGUAAAAAUCUCAAGACUACCUUAGCAGUGGUUCUCAAACUGGACUUCAGGCACUGUCAGUUUGAGAACCACUGCAUAAAUUAAUACUUCAAUGUUUUUCCACCUCAUCUCUGUCUGCUAUGUUUAUUGGAUAGUCAGUUAGCAUAGACUUCUGAAGUUGUGUAUCAUUUUGUAGACACCAUUAUGCCCAUAUUAGAAACUCUGGGUCUAAGUGAACUUCGCUAAGGGAGGAAUGAAUAAUGUUUUUGAAAAUUGACACAAAAAAGUUCCGAACCAGUUAACGCGUUUAAUACGUUUUGUCCUAGAUGCAUUUUUCCCGAGAAUGUACCUGGAUCACAUCGGUCCCUGGUCAGUCGUAUGCAAAAGCAUCCUUGAACAAAUUACAUGUUUUUGUUUUAUUUUAUGCACAUUUACGGUUUAUUGCUGAAUUGAACAUAAACAAUACAAUGUGGCCUGUGCAAAUGUUAUGGCACAUUUUAUGCUUUAUCUUUCAUUUAUUCCACCAUAUGUGAAACUCAGCAAAUAAAUAAAAUUGUACAUGCCUGUACAUGCUAAAGGCGAGCUACCACUCCUGCACACUGGCAUGGUGUUGCAUGGACGUAAGUUGAAUAGUAAACAUAAACACUAAUAAACAACAGCAUACUAUAGAUUACUAUAGUUAAAGGAACUUAAAUACCACAUUUAAUGAAGCUUCCUAGUUGUGUCUGGGGCAUUUUUGUGAUGUUGCCUAUUUUAUAAUAUUAGUUUAAUGUGUAGCAGUGUUAGCAUCGAUGUAGCAUUAGUCAUAUUUUGGCUUCUUAAUUACCUCAUACUUCAGAAGAUCCAGUGACAUUAAGUGGAAAAAACUACAUACAGAAAAUAUAUGAGGGUUCGAACAUUUUUGAUUACCAUAAAGCACGAUAGCAGCGAUUUUCAUAAAUGCUUCCCCCGCUUAGUGAAAUCAGCUGAGGCCUGGAGUUCCUAAUAUGUGCAUAACUUGACUACACAAUGACAACACACCUUUACAAGUCUAUGGACAUUACAGUCCUUGUACGUAGGGAAACUGUUGUCUCAGAGAAGCCAGUGGGCAGCUAUUAUGAUUGUGUCAACAGUUCACUUGUCAUUACAUACAGGGAAACAUUCUGAAAUGAUUGUCUGUGGUAAUGCAGACAGAACAACAGAGGUGCAGCAGAUAGAGA